GCUGGGCCAGCGGGCCGCUGCUGUGGUGGGCGGGGCAGGUGCUCGGCGGCGCCGCGUGGCGACUGUGGCAGGCGCGGCGAGGGGCGAGGACAGCGACGGCUACGAGAGAUGGCGAGAGCUCACGUGCCGUUGCGCCUCGCCGCGGGGAGCAGGAGUUCUGGCGUGAGGCGGCGGUGGGCUCGCGAGCCCGCGUGAGUUACUCGGACGAUGACGUGGAUCACGAGAGAUAUCUACUAUGGCCAGCUCGACGUGUGCGCGAGGACGGAUCGGGGAUAGGGGGCGACGAGGUCUGGUGGGUUCUCUCUCCCGACGGGGACGUGUGGAAGGAACGGCUCGACGGAGAAGAUCGUCUCACGGGCCCAAGCGGGGCUCGACCGAUGCCGAACGUCGGCUACCCGUUGCUUGGCGCUCGGCGGCUGUACAAGUUCAGGGAGAGACCGAAUCUUGAGCAGAUCGUGGCGCUGAGCAGGGGGUGCCGUGACGUCGAGACGGCGAGGGGGCAGAAGAUGGAGGAAUGGCCGAAGAACGUUGUCGGGGACGAUGGUCAUCGUACUGAGCUGUCGGCUGUGUUGCGUGCUGCUCGAGGUGACCUGGCCCAGUUUCAGUUUGUGGGCGCCUCUCCCCCUGCAGACACGAUCUGGGUGCUGAUGGAGCCAGGCGGCGGGCGGGCUAUAGGCGAGGAAGUGCACGUGACGCCGACGGACGUGACGACGGGCAGCGACGGGCUGAAGUUCAUGGGAUCGGAGGUGUCCCGAGUGCGCCGAGUGGCUGUCGGUAGUGCACCCGCCUUGGCCAGCAAGCAGAGAGCGCGCCUGCGCCGAGCCAUAGACGUGCUGGAGCCGCUGGUUGACAGAUCUGUGGAACAGGGAGUGAAGGGCCAGCUCGGGCUGAACACUAGCGACAACGGGGGUGAGGCUGGCAGUGGAGAGGGGCGCAAAGCGACCAGUAGCGUGGACGACGUGAGGACCCUCAGCGUCGACUUCGACGGGCGCGGCGAAAGGUUCAAGGACUGGCGCAGCGUGGUGAGCGAGAUCGCGGCCGAGAGCUUCCCCGACGACCCGAUCGAUGGGCCCGUGUCGAUCGUCCACCUGGCGAAGGCCAUGUACAAGAGCGGCGGCGACCCGAUGCGAUGGCUGGCCGAGCUAGCAGGAACCUACGACCAGGCUGUUGACGGCCUCAAUUGGCUUGCAGGGGCAUUCGUGGGGUCUUCCACGACGCCCGUGACGGCCGUGCAGCUCGACGUCGCGCAGCGCAUCGAUGGGCAGGUGAACGACAUCGUGCAGCCGAUGCGAGGCGUGGAGCUGCAGCCUCCGCAUUCAGCCCCGCGGGAGUUGAUGCGAGGGAGGUCACCUUACCUCGGCGGCCCUCCCGAGGACGUGCUCGCCCCUCACCGACCUGGGCUGCCGUCGCUUCCCGGGGGCAUCGCCGAGGCGCCUGCGCUUCGUGAACUGCUUCGGGGGCGAGCGCGCCAGUGCGUGGAGGGGCAAGGCGAGCGCAUGCUGCGGGACCACGAGAGCGUGCUCGAGGCGCUGGAGCGUUGCCCGCGGGUGCCCUUCAGCGAGCCAUCGCUGGUGCGGAGCCGGCGGCGGCGCGGUGCUUUUGUGAGGGAUCUCGCGAAACGUGGACUGGUGUCAUUUGCACGUCAGGUCUCGGAGAUGGUGGGCAUCUUUUUCGUGUGGAAAAAGGGGGGAGUACAGACUCGUAUGAUUCUGGAUUGUCGCAGGAGCAACGCUUGGUUGAUAGAUCCCCCGCCGGUGCAGUUGCUGACGGCGGAGGGUCUCUCGGCCUUCGAGCUCGAGGAGGGCGGGGGCGCCGGGGGCCACUUGCAGGCGGCCCUCCAGGCGGCGCUCGAGGACGUGGGGUUCUCGGUGGGGGUGGCGGACGUGAAGGGCGCCUUCCACCGCGUGCGGCUGCCGCCAUGGAUGAAGCGCUUGUUCGGCCUGCCCGCCCUGAAGGCCGGGGGCGUCAGGCUCCACGGGGCGAUGCUGGCUCUCCCGAUGGGAUGUACCGGGGGCCUGUGCCUGUGCCAGUGCGUGACGGAGCUCCGUUGUCAGUUCGCGCCGAGCCUUCGCGACGGCGCGCCCCUCAGCGACGUGGGGGAGCCGUUGGUGCUCAGGUUGGCAGCGGGUGCGGCGCAGAUCGAGCACUACGUGUGCGUCGACAACAUGGGCGUGAUCGGGCAGAACGGGGAGCGCGGGAGCAGCAGCCUCGACGAGCUGGUGCAGGCUUUCGAGGCCGUGGGUCUACGCGUCCACGGGCGUGAGGUUCGGAGUGACGGCAUCGAGGUGCUCGGCGUGGUGCUGGACGGCCAGAGGCUGCAGACGCGCCCGACGUCGAAGAGGCUCUGGAGGGUGCGCCAGGCGAUCACGGGACUGCUCCAACUUCGUGCAGUCCGUGGUGAUGACCUGCGCGUCCUGCUGGGGCACUGCGCGUACCUGGGCCUGGUGCGCCGCCCCGUGCUUUGUGAGAAGGCCUUGACCGAAUCCACGCUGCCCAGGGGUGACUACGAGAUGGACCCCGAGUUCUGUGAGGCCGUUGUGGAUGCCUCGGGCGCUGCCGAGAGCUCGGCCGACCGCGACGGGCCCUUCCCCAGCAGCAGAGCCGUCGUCGGCGUCGCGGCUGAGGGUGCUCACGCGGGAGAGAGCUCGAGGCGCAACCUGCCGCCGCCCGAAGGCGCGUCACUGGAAAGCGGGCUCGGUCAGCUGGGGGCAGCUCGAGCGGCCGAGGCCGCCGUCGAGCUCAAGCGGCAGAGGGCGCUGGUGAGGCGUGUGAAGAGGCGGCACCACGCGGUGGCUCGUGCGAUCGGGGGCGGGGUGCCGCUCGACCGAUACUUGGAGUCGAGCGCGGUGACGCCGCGGGUGAGGGCCCAGUACCAGAGAGUGCUCGAGCAGUUGAAGCAGAGGUGUGGUCGCCAGGACUUUUUCGAGAUGCCAGCGGAGACGAUGGACGCCUGCCUGGUCCACUACUUCACCUCGCUGUACUUGCUGGGCGAGCAGGCUUCGACGGGGAUGUAUGUCGCGGCGGCUGUGAACCAUUUCUACCCGAGGUUUGGGCGCUUGGGGGCGGACGCACUACCACGGAUGUGGAAGGCGCUGCAAGGAUGGAAGCGGCUGACGCCUGGGAGAGCCAGGAUGCCCGAGCCGCUGAACAUCUGGUGUGCCCUUAUGCAUGUCCUGGUGUUGCGGGGACGACGGAUGAUGGCGGUGUUCUCGGCGCUGGCUGUGUCGACCUACCGCAGGCCGUCGUCCCUGUUCCGUUUGCGCCCUGGCGACAUAGUGAAACCAGGAGGUGGCAGUCAGCACUGGGGACUCCCCAUGCGCCCCCAGGAGCGAGCGACGCCCGACAAGGUGGGAGAGUUCGACCUGAGCGUGAGGCCUGUGUGGGAGUUCGACUACCCCGAGCUGCUGCGCGAGAUGAAGGCGGCCUGCCUUAUGCUGCAGCUGCGGCCCGUCGCGCCGUAUCAGGCGCGGCACUCGGGCGCCAGUAUCGACCGUGCCAGCUGCGAGAGGACGCAGGCAGAGGUGCAGCGGCGAGGGGGCUGGCGCCAGUCGAAGAACAUGGCGCGCUACGAGAAGAGCGCGCGCCUCGGGCAGCGCGCGCAGGUGCGCGGGCCGAUGCUGGAGGCGUGCGGCGACCAGUGCUUGCGCGAGCUGGAGCGCGCCUUGCGGUGCAACGCGCUCCUGAUCGGGGACGAGCUGGCCAUGAUCGGGUCGGGCCUCGCCGAGAGUGGGGUGCCUACCUGGGUGUGGCGAGGCGACGCCCUCUGUGACGAGCGGCUGGGCGCGCCCCUGGAGCGCCGCCUCCAGGCGCGCACGCGGCGUGGCGAGGUGGCCGUGCUUUUCCUGUCGCCCGCGCUGCCGUCGGCGAGCAAAGCUACAGGGAGGCUGGCAGGCCACCACCGUCUGCAGAGGUUUGCGGAGCGUUUGAAGCGUCUCAUUGCCGCUGCUUGGCAAGCUCGAAUGCCGCUCCUCCUGGAGAUACCCCAGGGUAGCCGGCUCUGGCCACAUCUUUUGAGCCAGCCCGAGGUGCCAGCACGUUUCGUGACGAAGGACCUCCGAGAGACCUUCCCGACGACGCCGCCGCCGCCCUCGGCUUCCCCGUCCCUCGGCGGCGGCCGUCGCGGCCGCCGCGGCGACGUGCCGCUGCCGAUGCCGCUGGCGACGCCGACGGCGUCGACGCUGAGCCGCGGACGCGACGAGCUGCCGUGGCGCGCCGUCGGUGCGCGGAGAGCGGCGCCGCAGCCCAGCGGGAAGGUACGCGCAGGCGCUCGGCAGCAGCGGGCCGCGGCCGCUGGUGCCGAGGCCGAGGUGCUCGCCCCGCGUGCGCCCAGGGUGCUGUCCGUGGCAUGGUGGAGCUCCCCUCGACCGUUCACGUGCGACGAGUACCUCGUGCACGAACGCGCCAUUCUCUGGCCAGUCUCCGCUGAAAUAUGGGUGCGCUUGAUGACCGACGGUCUCGUCUAUGAUGAGGCUGUCAGGCUCCGUGACGAGGAGGAUGAGGACCUCGUGGAGUUUUCGAAGGUACCGACCUGGCAGGACUGGGUAGUGUGGCUGGUCGCUGCCGAGAGCCCAGGUCUGGCGGUUUGCGAGCAGGUCACGGGCGGCAAGCUGGUAGCCGUCUACAGUUUUUGUGCGCCACCUUCGUCUGGCAGCUCGUCGAUGGGGGCGUGGUGCGGCGGUGCCGGCAUGCUCGGGGGGGGCGCCAUCUUCUGCGUCCAGAAGAAGGGCGGGCGCCGGCAGCUCAUCGUUGACGCCCGCCGUGCCAAUCGCCGCUUUCACGACCCCCCUGCCGCCAGCCGCGCCGCCUGCGAGUCUUGCGGCGAGCUGGAGGUGUGGGGCGACCUGUUGCUGCGCGCCGCCUCGACGGAUGUGCAGGAUUGCUUCUACAGGUUCAAGAUGGACCAGGGCCUGAGCCGCUACUUCGGGUUGCCCUCGCUCAGGGCCUGCGACGUGGGCCGCGCCGGGGCGGAGCUGGAGGGCCUGCCCUUACUUCCCGAUGAGCGGGUUCAUUCCUGUUUGGCUGCCCACCCCGUGGUCUUCAAGGGGGGUCUGUGCGUUGUCCACGGCAAACUGGGGGCUGUUGGAGCUCGGCGGGGGCUGGGCGAAGGCGCGGCGGCCGAAGGGCGGCCGGCGCCUGCCAACCCUGCGCCGCCGGUGGAGCAGGAGGCCGGGGCCGACACCGUGCCGUCCUCGUUCUGGCUGGUGGUGCUGGUGAACGAGCUGCUGUUCCUGGGCCUCGUCGCCUGGUACGUGUACGGCUCGUGGGGCGGCGCGUGGCUGGCCUCGCCGGAGAUGCAGCAGUGGGCGUGGGUUCGCUACGACGGCGAGCCAUUAUGGCACCAGCGGCUGAUCUUGGGGCGUCGGGCGAGAGUGCCAGCUGAGGUCGUGUCGCCGUUCGUCGUGCUGAUCUGCACCGUGGACACGGACAUCUACGAGGAGGACUACACGUGCGACGGCAGCGACAUCAUCGCCGUGCGUUACGCCGGCGAUCGGGCGACCUUCCCGCCCGGGAUUCGGGGCGCGAGCUCACACCGCUUCAGGCGGGGCCUGACGAUGCAGGAGCAGCAGCAGAUCGACCAGGCGGCCUUGGACUACUGCAGGGCGGCGCUGGCGGCCGAUCAUCAUCGCCUUCGACUGGGAGCGCCGGCGGGGCCCUUCCUCAUCCCGUUGACCUUCGGUCAGGGCGGCCCGGCUGCCCCGGCGGAGGCAGGUGAAGUGGCGGCGGUGGUGGCCCCGGGCGCGCAGGCUGCUGCUCUGGUCGCCGCUGGUGGAGGACCUGGCGGUGCCGUCGGAGGAGCGGCCGCUGCCGGAGCAGGUGCUGCUGGCGGAGCCGCCGCUCCUGCGGCGGCGGGCGUAGCCGCUGCCGCCAUGUGGGUGCUGGUCGAGUCGACGACUGCUGGUGCGCGCGGGACCGCCGUGGCUCCGCCCGCCGGAUCGGUGCUGCGAGGGUCUGUCGGCCUCAUGCCGCUGGCCGACGGCUCGUGGGUGGCGAUCCGCUCGAUCUCGGGAUCGGCCCAGGAGUACGCCGGGCGAGAGGCCGCGUCGGACGCUCGUCUGAUGGGGAUCCUGCCGAACCCUGCUGUUCCAGGCGGGAGGCUGCUGCGGCAGUGGCGCGACGCCGUCGCCAGCUUCACCGAGGAGGUGGUUAAUACUCUCAACGAGCUGUACGUCGGCCAGCCCUGUCGCCACGGCGACCACUCGCAGCCUGUCUCUGCGGGUCAGCAGCGGGCCUUGGACAACGUUCGAGAUGCUGUCCGACGGUUCGGUAAGCCCCCGGAGGGAUUGACUGGCUCAGGAGCCCUUGAGGAGCUCCGAGUUCUCAGCGACUACGCCGGCGAGAGUGCCACGGUCGCUCCGUUCAGCUUUGAUAACAUCAACAGCCUCUCGCUCCCGGACGAGGGUUUCACGCCGGUGGCGCUGGACACGCUGGGAGGAGGAGCUGGCCGCAAGAUAGUUGAACGGCUUCAUGAUAUGAUGCUGUCCCAGUCCGAGGGUCGGGCUCGGAUUGAGUCCGACGGUCCUCGGAAGCUUUACAUUGACCCGGCGCUCAGGAACCCCGAGCUGUACAUCCAGCUGCUGCGGAUCCUCGAGCGCCGGAACCUCAUCGACUACUACGCUGACAAGGCGUGCAGCGUGGGUGUGUUCUUCGUUUAUAAGAAGUCGGGGAAGCUGCGGCUCAUCCUGGACGGCAGGCAUGCGUCCCUGCACUUCCGGGCCCCCGACAAAGUGGCCCUUGCGUCUGGCGCCAGCUUCGCUGGCCUUCACGUGGACAGCGGGAAGCCCAUCGCCGUGGCCGAGGUGGACCUGGCCGACGCCUUCUACACGAUGCUGCUGCCGCCGGAGUUCCGACGGUACUUUGCGCUGCCGAGCUGCCGCGCGGGCCUGCUGGGGCUUGACUGCACCUCGGAUGGGCGCCCUCUCAGCGGGGCGGACCUGGUCUACCCCUGCUUCCGGUGCCCGCCGAUGGGCUGCUCCUUCAGCCUCUGGAUCUGCCAGACGAUGUUGGAGGCGACCGCGCUGCAGGUGCCCCAGCUGACCGUGGCCAACCGCUUCGUGGACAGGCGUCCUGUGCCGGGUGUCACCAGCGACGUGAUCCACACCGAGUACGUGGACAACGCGCUGAGCCUCUCGACCGACCCGUCGGUGGCGUCCGCGGCGGCCGCUGCUGUCGACUCUCGGCUCCGGGCGGCUGGCCUACCAACCCACGGGGUCGAGUGCAGUUUCGGCGCUGCCGCGCUGGGCUGGCAGUUCGACGAGAAGUUCCCGAUCAUCGGACUGAACCCGGCGCUGCGGUGGAAGCUACGUCUGGCCUGCCUGGAGCUGUGCCGGAAGGGCUUCGCUUCGGGCAAGACGGUCUCGCGCGUGGUCUCACACUUUACAUCGAGGGCGCUGAUCCGGCGCGAGCUUCUGUCCUGUCUCAACUCGCUGUACGCUUUUUCUGCCCAGUAUGGUGGCCGAACUGCUCGGCUCUGGCCCUCUUGCCUGCGCGAGCUCCGCUGGUGCGCCAGUCUGGUCGUGUUCUGCUUCCGAGACGCGGGUGCCGCGUUUGACAGCAGGUGGAGAUUCAGCAAGACUCAGGAGGGUGGCGUCUCACAUCGGUCCCUCGCCCUAAAGGCUCAGAGCUCUGGAGACCCCUUCGUGCCCGAGUCGGUCGCAACCUUCGAGAAUCCAGGGGGCUUCCAGGAGGUGAUCACGGACUUGGAGGAGGAUGAGGAGUUCGUCGUGUCGAGCUCCGCGUUCGAGGUGGAGGAGGUGACCCAGGUGGAGAAUGAGGAGUUCCCGGAGAUCCCAGAGGGCGUCUGGGCGGAGGGGUGGUACCCGGUCGUGUCGCACAGAUGGUGUCGUUCGGAACCUCAAGUCGUUCUCGAAGGUCGUGGGAUGGUGGUGGCUGUUCGGCAUAUCCUUCGGCGUCUCUCAUCCUUCAACCGGUGCCAUCUGUGCUUGGGCGAUUGUUUGGGAACGAUCCUGGCUGCCACCAAGGGGCGGUCUUCGCGCCCAGAGAUGGGGCGCAUCUGCCGGCAGCUGGCGGCCCUUUCGCUGGCUAGCGGCACUGCCUUCUUUUGGCGCUGGGUGCCUUCCGAGCGGAACUCCGCGGACCGCGCCUCCAGGAACCUGCCGGGCGUGGGCUAUGCUUCGUCGACAGCAGAUACCUGCUGCCCAGGUGCCAGUGGUGCUAGCCACGGCGCCCGCUCCGACGUCGGGCGGCCUCCUGGCGCGAGGCAGCCUGCCUUCGGGCCCCCGCCUGGCCUCGAGCAAGAGGCGAGCUGGGACCCCAGCGGGGCGGACUACUUCCUCGGCAGCGGCUUCGACAUUGGGGCUGGCCCUGGCGGCCGAGCCGCUGGAGCGGACGGCCCGUGCGAAGCGUCGGCGGACCAGGCCGUGAACAACAGGACGACGCUGGACUACCAGGCCCGAUACCACCGUUUCCUGACCUGGGCCGAGUCUGCGAGGCUCCCAGUGUCCACCAUCCCAGAGCUGGAGGAGACGCUCCUGGAAUACUUCAACGAGCUGUACUUCGAGGGCCACGACUCGCCGGACGGGUCGAAGCUGGCGGCCGCCGUGACCCACUUCCGGCUGGACCUGCUGCCGAAGCUGAUCAACAUGCCGCGCGUGCAGCGGGCGCUGAAGGGCUGGAAGUCCAUGGCGCCCCCCCGGGCUCGCCUGCCCCUGCCCUGGCCGGUGGUGGCGUGGAUGGCGGACUGGAUGGUGACGAACGGGUUCGGGGCGGCGGCGACGGCAACCGUGCUGGCCUUCAUCCUCUACCUGCGCCCCUCCGAGCUGCUGUCCCUGCGCGUGAUCUCGGUCGUGCGGCCGGUGAAGAGCGGGCCCCGGCACCUGAGCAAGUACUCCAUCCUCCUGUUCCCCGCCGAGCUCGAGGCGAGGUCGAAGACAAAGGACUACGACAUCAGCCUGCUGCUGGACAACCCAGAGUUCGGCUGGAUGGAGCAGGUGCUGGACCGACUGGUGCUGGGCCGACGCCCGGAGCAGCCGCUGUUCGCGCUGAGCAUGAAGUCGUGGACCCGAGCGUUCAACCUCGCGUCCGCCGCCCUGGACCUGGAGAUCCUGGGCCCCCCGAACUUGAGCUCGUGGGCCCACACCGCCAAGUCGAAGGUGUACCUGGAGAUCUUCAGUGGCUCCGGGAACUGGUCGCGUGCCAUGCGACACGGCCAGGCCUCUCGGCUGGCCCCACGUGUCUUCGAGCUGGACAUGGAGCACGAGCCCGCCCUGGGCGACCUCUCCAGGCGCAGCGUGCAACGUGUUGUUCGGGGUUGGCUUCGUGGGCAGCUGCUCCAGGGUGUGUGGCUGGGCAUGCCGUGCAGUUCCUGGUCCAUGGUGAUGCUGGGGAACAGGCUCGCGUGCUUCUCCUUCAGCUUCUUUCUGGAGUGCGCGCUGCGUGGGGUCCCAGCGGCGAUCGAGAACCCGGCCACUUCGUGGGUGUGGCAGACCAAGUGGGCGGUACAUGCCGCCAAGCAGACCAACGUGAAG